AUGGAGAACAUAUUUUCGUCAAUGGCGUGCAUGGCGCAUCGAUUCCUGGGAGCGCCGGACGUGACGCCGGGGAAGGUGGAGCGAUCAUACUCGCUGCACUGGACACACUGCAACGUCACUCUCACCCUCAUCUGGUGGGUUCCUCGUUUGCUGGGUGGUGUUAUGCUAGGGAAGGUAGAAAGAUCGUACUCGCUGCACUGGUCGCCGUGCAACGUCACGCUCACCCUCAUUUGGAGCGUGCCUUGUUUGGCGGGUAGUGUGUCCAGCAAUGGGGUGCAGGCAGACAGGCUCUGGGGAUUCAUCUGGAGUGUGUUCAUGGUGGAGACAGCAUGGGUGGACGCCAGGGACCUAUUCAAGGGAGGGCGCCUGGAUGUGAGCACGGCCGACAGCACAUGGGCGGAUGUCGUGCCAGGGUAUAACGUCAUCGUCUUCAAUACCGGCAACUGGUGGAAGCCAAGGCAGGUAGAGCGAUACGGUCUCACACUCAACCCGCCCUUCCACCGCACCAACAUCGUCGAAGCCUAUCCGCACGCCGUCGCAACCAUUCUCACCGCUCUGCACCACAGACGACACGUUACCGCGCGCGCGUUCCUGGUUACCAGCGUGUCGUUCCAGUUCAACGCCAGCUGUCCCGCCACGCGGCCCAUUGCUGACGUGGCGACGGCACGCACAAUGAUGGCGGUGCUGACCCGGGGAAAGAACGAGGUGUUGAAAGCGGUGCUGCGGAGGGUGGUGGAGGAGGAGGAGAAGGAGAGGGAGAGGGGAGAGGCGGAAAAGGAUGUCGGGGGAAGAGAGGGGCAGCAGGGGCAGCAGGGGCAGCAGGGGCAGCAGGGGCAGCAGGGGCAGCAGGGGCAGCAGCAGGCACGAUCAGCGCAUGUCCGUUCAGCAAGAGCAGGUGUGCAGCGCAGCAGCAUACGUCUGUUAGACGUGCAUGACUUGUCUCUGUUCCGCCACGAUGCGCGGCCAGCUGGGUACCAGGGCAAGCAGGUCCGCCUGCAUGACUGCGUGCACUACUGCGUGCCCGGUGUGCCCGACACGUGGAACGAACUGCUGCUGGGGAUGAUGGCCGAGUGA